GGUCAGCAUAUUGAGUCAGUGGAAUAGUGGCCGGGUGUGGAGGUGGAGCUGAGGUUUAAAAUAGUCGCCCAGAGAAAGUAGACCAACACACAUGCGCUAGAAGAUAUCGCGGGUGAUUAUCUUCACCACUUUUCUUUAUCACAUCCUCGAGUAAACACGAUGUUUUCUAAAGCGACCAAGAAAUUUGUGAAAGAGAUCGACCCCGACGGCUGUUUAAUCCCCGUCUCCCGGCUAAAUGAAUCGGAUAAUUUGACUGUCCUUUCACUGGUCAUCAAGCGGAAACCGUCCUGGUUCUGGCAGCAACCUAAGUACAUACCCACUGACUUCACCCUGAAAGAUGUCAUACAAGGGGAAAAUCCGAUCCAACCAGUUCUCAUUGAGACAGACUUUUUAAAGUAUAACAAUACAAUGGAAAACAGCGAGACUGGAAAAGCUGAAGCAAAAAUUGGUCCAGGAAAUGUGAAUGUCGAGGGAAAAAGUACAUCAAAACUAUCAACUUCAUUUGGAAACCUUAAGAAGCAAGAGGUGGAUGUUCAGAAACUGCUACGUGACUGUAAAAAUAGAUGUCUGGAUUUACAGCACUCCCUGUUGAAGCAGGUACUACAUCGGCAGUGUGAGGUGUUCACACUGGUCAAGGAGCGAAUCGUAACCACACAGGCCUGCACAGUUACUGAGACAGUGAUGGGGGGAGGAAGCUGCUCAGGCCUUCUUGGAUUAACCGUUCCCAAAAACAUUCAGGUUUCGGUAAAGAAUGGCAGCCAUCAUUCUGACAGUAAUGUUUCGCUAGAAAUCCCGGCUAAGACAGCCCUGGCUUACAGUAUAAUGGAACUCAGUGUGAAGAGCACGGGUGAAUUUGAGCUGUGUCUGCUGCCAGACACCUAUGGAUCCGUUGAGGUAGACGGCCUGCACAGUACAAACACAACACUGCUCUACAGCAUGCCACCUGAAUCACCAGCCCAAAAGCUACAGCAAGAGUGGAAUAUGUUGCAAGUUCAGUUUGAGAUGCUUUCAGGACUCCCUGCCAGUACACGCUCACUUCUCUUACAACAAAUCACCCUCCUCCUGAAGGACAAGGCUGCCAUCAGUACCCUGCACCUCUCACUGAAGGAUUUGUUUGAGGGCAGGAAGCCUGAUCUGUCCAAACUAGACAAAGUGCCUUCUCUGAAGAAAGCAGCACAGACUACACUGGAGGUGUUCAAGGAGAAAGAAGGUACAGGCCAUGCCCCCAUCACCCCCGGACAACAGCCAGAGCCCUCUGCCCUCACUGCCACUAACAUCCUCACCAGUGCCUUAGAGGAGAUGACUGAAUCAACAUUGAGUGCACUCGAAUCCUGCUGCAAUCGAACCACCCUACAGGCACUGCAGCUGCUGGUGGAAAAUAUUAUGGGAAAUAAGGAGUGCUCCCUGAAGGAUAGUACUCUGGCCCCGUUGGCUGAAAAUGACACUUACAGUAAAGUACAAGAGCUGUUUGCGUCUUCAAAUGUGUUACUGUCCAAAGAGGAGGAAUUGAUCCAGGUGGAGAACAACAGCCAGCAAGAGCACAUUCCUCUAAACCUGUGCAUUGCCAUUUUUAGUUUAACCUCUUUAUCAACCCCAACUGACUAAGUGUCAGGUGAAGACAGACAAUUUGCAACAGGACAAAAUUUUUGUAAAAGAUAAUCAAAAAUAUAUAUUUUUUAAAUUUUAUAUGUUUAUAUACACCCUGCACAUAUAUUAUAUAAAUAUAUAUUUAUAUGUUUAUAAAUAUAUGUGUAGGGUGUAGGUUUCCCCCUAUUUCUACUUCAAAAAUGGAAUGGAACAAAAUUUCACAUUGCUCUCUUUCUCUCUGUUGCCUCAGGGCACAAACUUAUUUGAACCACUUUAUAAAGAUAUUGUACAGAGUAAUUGGCAAUAACAGGUUUAAUAAUGAAGGGGUGGCUUGGAAUCAACAAGUAAAAUAUUUAUUUGGUCACAGUAUUUCCUGGAGGCCAUUUGAAAGUCUUGUGGCAUGGUGGACCAUGUAGAGGAUUUUCUUUCCUCAGAAAGCCAUCGAAAAUAUGAUUUACACUUGUUAUUGGCCUUCAUUAUAAGUUAAUUUCUAAAUAUUAAAAAUUGCUUAAAUGUGUUUGUUGCCACUUUAGAGAAUUUUGCAGUUAAUGUGUUAUGUUUUACAUUAUUGCACUAAUGUACAGGUUUCCAACCCUGGUCCCAGACUUAAACUCAAUGCAACUGUUAGCUGAUUAGUUGAAGCAAAUAGGGAGUAAAAUAGAGUCUACAGGUCUAAAAAGAGAGCAUUUAGCUUUCACUUAAGGAAACCGGGGAUGAGCUAGGGUUUAGUGUUGAGGAAAGAGUUGGCAGUUGCAGUGGAGGAGUUGGGGAGACAGCUGUAGCCACUGAAAGGGACAAUGUUGCAGGCACUGGUUUAGAUGACAACACAUUCUCAAGUUAUUUUUUUGUUUCCAUCUUAUAUAUAGGUCUCAUGAUUUGUGGAAUGAGAUCAAGUAUGAUUUUACUGACAAUAAAGAGAAAUUCCACUGCUUUUCAUGGGACUAACAUUUCUUAAUGGAUACAUGAUUGCAUUUUUUAAGUACAUUUUUUUUAACAUUUUUUACAUCAUUAGUUACCAUCAAAUUGUACUGGAACUUAUAUUGUUUGUUAAUAAAAUGUAUUUUUUCAUGAGUAGUUAGUUCUUUGAAUUUUCUUUUCUUUUGUCACAUAGUCUUGUGUCUAAGCAAUGUGUUUUUUUGUUUUCAGUAAUGGAAUAAAAAAAUUCUUUACAAAGAUGCAAAACAUAAUUUGGGGGGACAACUUACCAUCAUCUAGUGCCAGUGGCAUAAAAAUCACAA